AAAAACUGACAGUGUCCUUUGACUUGCCUAUAUUAUCAAUGAUUCUAACAUAUUUGGACAUUAAAGUGCAGUCUGAAUAUUUGACACAACGGCCUGCCAUACMUUGGGCAAUUUUUCUACUAGAAAUCUUCAAAUACUUUUCCGUGCUCGUCGUGUCACUACGGGUGAAAACGACUGCACAUUCCGAACGACAGCCCCCUGAAAAAUGAGCGAGAAGGGCUGCAUGUGAGCCUGCACGUAGCAUUCGGGCCCAAGACUUUUACAAAUCCAGCCCCAACCCAUCAGAUAGCCAACAGCACAUCGAAACAUCACAAGAUAGGAGGAACCACCGGAGACUUCUCACCGUUAACUUCUUCACCGAGUCCAGCCCGAGGAGAGGACCUAAAAGCCCGCCGCGGGGACUCUUCUGCUGCCACAGGAUGCCCAGACCGAGGAUGGAGCUAACAUGUUGGUGCUUUUUGCUGCUGAGCUGCCUGCAGUCGCUGUCGGCUCACAAUGACUUCUUCACCUCCAUAGGCCAGAUGACGGAUCUGUUAUAUACAGAAAAGGACCUCGUCACAUCUCUGAAAGACUACAUCAGAGCAGAGGAAAAUAAACUAGAGCGGGUCAAAAGGUGGGCUGACAAGUUGGAUUCCUUGACAGCGACAGCCACUCAGGACCCUGAAGGCUUCCUGGGCCAUCCUGUUAAUGCCUUCAAACUGAUGAAGAGGCUGAACACAGAGUGGGGAGACCUGGAGAGUCUUGUACUUAGUGACACCACUGAUGGAUUUAUUUCCAACCUGACCAUCCAGAGGCAGUACUUUCCCACAGAGGAGGACCAAACUGGGGCUGCUAAAGCUCUGCUCCGUCUACAAGACACCUAUAAACUGGAUGCCAACACUAUCUCCACAGGAAAUCUGCCUGGAGUGAAACACAAGAGCCAUAUGACAGUGGAGGACUGUUACGAGCUGGGUAAAAUUGCCUACUCGGAUGUCGAUUACUAUCACACUGAACUGUGGAUGGCCCAGGCUCUGAAACAACUCGAUGAGGGAGAGGAGUCCACCAUAGAUAAAGUGACGGUGCUGGACUACCUGAGUUACGCCAUCUACCAGCAGGGGGAGAUAGAGCGAGCGCUGGAGUUCACCAAGAGGCUGCUGGAGCUGGAUCCAGAUCACCAGCGUGCCAAAGGCAACGUGAAGUACUUUGAGUUCCAGCUGGAGAAGCAGAAAAAAYCUACCGAAGACGACACGGAUACACAAAAGGAGAGAGAGAAAAGGGAAACGCCAGAAAAGAAAAAGAAGAAGAAGGUGUCCAAAAAGGCCUUCUCACUGAUUCCAGAGAGGAAGAAGUACGAGAUGCUUUGUCGUGGGGAAGGUAUCAAAAUGACUCCACGCCGUCAGAGUCGGCUGUUUUGCCGCUACUACGACAACAACCGCAGCCCCAAACUCCUGCUGGCGCCGGUCAAACAGCAAGAUGAAUGGGACCGCCCCUACAUCGUCCGCUACAUCGACAUCAUCUCAGACGCUGAAAUUGAGAAAGUCAAGCAGCUGGCGAAACCUCGAUUAAGGCGAGCCACGGUGCAUGACCCCCAAACUGGGAAACUUACCACAGCCCAAUACAGAGUCUCCAAGAGUGCUUGGCUCACUUCUUAUGAAGAUCCAGCAAUCGAAAUAAUCAACCAGAGAAUUGAGGACGUUACAGGUUUGGAAGUGGACACAGCAGAGGAGCUGCAGGUUGCAAAUUACGGUGUUGGAGGGCAGUAUGAACCUCACUUUGACUUCGGAAGGAAAGAUGAGCCAGAUGCUUUUAAAGAACUCGGUACYGGGAAUCGCAUUGCAACGUGGCUUUUUUAUAUGAGUGAUGUAACUGCAGGUGGCGCCACAGUGUUCCCUGAUGUGGGGGCAGCAGUUAUGCCUAAAAAGAACACCGCUGUGUUCUGGUACAAUCUGUUUGCCAGCGGGGAAGGAGACUAUAGCACCCGACAUGCAGCCUGUCCUGUGCUGGUGGGCAACAAGUGGGUGUCAAACAAGUGGAUCCACGAGCGAGGCCAGGAGUGGCGGCGACCUUGUGGCCUGAAUGAAACUGAUUGACGUUAACAAGAAAAAAAAAAACAAACAAAAAACAUCAUUUUCAACAAAUCCUCCUCCCUUCACCUUAUUCUUCCAUUAACCAACGAGGACCAGCGCUCACUGAAGCAGCUCRCAGAGGACACACGGCAUCCCUCCCUUCUCUGCAAACACUCAGCUUCUCUCCCCACCUGCUCUUCUCCGAGCCCAGAGGGUGUUUUGGUUCGCGGCGAGCCUCUGGCCAGCGUCAACACGGCCGUGACAGAUAACUCGUUCUUAAAGUUGUCGGAUGGUUUUGAGAAACACUAGAGCCUCGUUCGCUCCCAUGAGUCUUUUCCGUGCACUCUGAGUGAACUCCAGCUCCGCGGUGAGAUUAUCCYUCAAUUGUGACUGCUUCCCCCUCUUUAUGGUAAACUGUAGGGGGGAUAUUUUUAUAUUUUUAAGAGGCCUGAUUGAUUAACGGCAUCGUGCGAUUUAAAGAGCACUCGGCCCUUCGAGUUAUUUAAGAAAAAGAAACAAUCGUCUAAAUACGACGGUAAAACACACCACAGCUGUAAAAAUAAGUUUUUUACAGCACUAUCUUCUCAGCAGCUACUUUUCUUAUAYGUUCCAACUGAUGUUUAGUUUUUCUUUUGUUUCUGUGAAUAUAUGGAGGUGAUUUCUGCUUAAAAAAUAGAGCUGCGUGGCUGGAAAGAAACGGUAUAAAAAAGCAAAAAGGUCACACUCCAAAGAAGCAGAAAAUCUGCGCUCCGAGGCAAGGUUAUGUGUUGAAUGACAAAAAAUGUUUCAGUCACACAACGGGCAGGACUGAUUUUGACUUCCUGUUAUGCAUGUUGUCAUUUUACCACUCAUUUCACUCAACGUCUACACUUUAAUUUGAACAAGGACUCAUGGCAACCACAUUAUAUACACUCCCAACUUAACUGAACUGGGUGCAUUUGUUCAUCCAGUUUGUAAGAAAACAAAAUCGAGCAGUUGUGUUUUAUUUCUGAAAAGAUUGUGAAACGUUUGUGAGUCCAUGUUGGGUUUUCUGAACGAAAAAUGCAUCUUAUUUAUAUGCCUUAAGCAAUUUCUUUUUGUUAUAUUCUUUUAAUAAAUUCUCAAGUGUCCUUUUUUUAAUAAAAAAAAAACUUUGUAUUGAUCUGAGAACAAUGAA